AUGCGAACGAUUGGCACUAUCGCAGCGGUCGUCGACGCGCUUAGCCGCAAUACUUCCGUUACCAGUCUCGACAUCUUUGAGCUGGAUCCGGUUGCGGCCAGCGCUCUGGCGGACGUGCUCUCGGCCGCCUCGCCGCGCAUUACUGGCCUCGCAGUGCACCAUCCCCAUGGCCUAGGAGCUGUCCAAAACCUUUGCCGCGGCAUUGCGUCCAGCUGCAGCCUAACUAGCCUCCACCUCUCCCAGCUGGACUCAAAGGGCGUUGACGCCCUCGCAAACGCGCUCCUCGCUUGGUCCGAUGAACACACGAUGGGCUUCUUCCCACGUCUCCAGCACCUUCGACUGGAAAAAUGCACCUUCUCGCCUGAUGUGGCGGCUUCGCUCGCAAGUGCUUUGGGACGACAGGCGGGCUCUCUGGCGCAGCUGGAAGUCUUGGAUUCAGCGCUGGGGGACACCGCGGCCGAGGCGCUGCUAGGGACCCAGCCUGGCUUGGCGCAGCUGCAAAGCCUGAACGCCCCGGAAAUAGUAGCAGCUUCCACAGCAGUCUUGCACACAUUGGACUUGCCCGCUUGCAACGUGGGACCGCGGGGUGCCGCCCAGCUGGGCCGCCUCCUGGCCGCAACACACAGCCUCCACUCCCUCAACCUCUCAAACAACAAGUCACUUGGAUGUGAGGGUGUGCGCGCCUUGGCCGCCGGCUUAGCGGCUAACCGUACGCUUCUACGACUGGACAUGUCGGGCAGUGGCAUCGGCGCCACCGGCGUGAAGGACCUGGCGACGGCGCUCCGACCAGACGGGGGCGGUGGCGGCGGUCCGCCGUUACAGCAGCUGAUGUUGGGUUUUAACGCCGCGGGUGCGACGGGGCUGGCGGCGUUGCUGGGAGCCAUGUCCGGUCCACAGCCUUGCGCGCUCCGGAACCUCCAACUGGAUCACAACCACGUGAGGGGAGUGGAGCUGACGGAGGCGCUGCAGGAGGCACUUGUGCCGCCGCCAGCGCAGGCGGCGACGGCAGCGGCGGCUCAGCCGCCGCCGCUGUCACGGCUGACGGCGCAGCUGAAGCAGCUGUCGCUUGCCGGCAAUGCGCUGUACGACGUCGGCGUGGCAGCGCUGGCGGCGUUCUUGACGGAAGCGCCAUCCUCCCUGGAGCUUCUGGACCUCCGUGAAAAUGGCAUCUCCGAUGCGGGCGUGGCGGCGCUGCUGCCGCUCAUCGCGCCGCGUUGCAACGGUAGCGCAUCAGCACCCGUUUCAAGCUGUCGCGGUGGCGGAGCGCAGGUGCAGGCGGCGGCACCAAUGGCUGCUGGUGCUGCUGGUCUCCAGGGUUUGUUGCUGGAUGGUAACCGGCUGCACAACGCGGGUGCCAAGGUCUUGUUGGAGGCCGUCACCGCGGCCCCAGGCCUGUGGAAGUUCUCCGCGGAGGCCAACAAAUUAACAGACCCGGCGCUGCGCCUGUCUCUCACACAGCUGAGCCAGCUCCGAGCCGCCCGGCAUUCACAGUGGGUUGUGCUCGGCCGCUACAACUCAUCAUCGUCGUCAUCGUCAUCUGAUGACGGAGGCGACAGGCACAGCGGCGGUAGCGGCGGCGACAGGCGCAGCGGCGGCGGCGGCAGCGGAAAUGGGUCACGUAGGAGUCACGAGGCAACGUCCGCAAUGGACGUUGAUGACGCCGCGACUACACAGGCGCCGCUGCAGGGCAGCGGUAGCGGCGGCAGCGGCGGCACCCAACCGCAGGCCAACCAGCAGCAGCUGCAGCACCUCAAACAUCGACUGGACGAGGUGGACGCGGCGACGGACGGUUGUGGCGCUGCAGGAAGUGGUGGUGGCGAGGGGGCCUGCAGCCAGGACGGCGACGACGGGCGGCAGUUGCCGUCGCGACGCAACGUUGUGGCGCGAGGCCCGGAGGAGCCGCCCACUAGCGCUCUCGUGUUGCCGCCGCCGCCGCCGCCGGCGACGACGACGACGACGACGUCGUGUACGGGGAGCGGGGUGCUGCUAAGAGGUGCAGGUGGUGGAGGAUGUGGCGAUGGUGAUGGUGUGGUGGUGGCAAUGCCGUCAUCGUCUUCUUCCGGGGUAUCGCAGCCGCGGGGGCUUCAGCGGACUGCUACUGCUGCUGCGGUGGCGGCGGCGGUGGGGGACCGCCCUACAGCUACUGCCUGGGUCACCUGCUCGAUCCCUACGGGCGGCGGUGGGAGGGGCAUGGCUGCCGGAUCUGGCUCUUGUGUAAUCCGGAAAGGUAACGUUCCGGCGAACUUUUCGACUUCCCACUGUUUCGGUCCCAAUUUGACGGCUCUGUUUCAAGCUUCCGUUGGGGUUUUCGUGUACGGCAUCUGCAGCUUCAGCAGCGACACCAGUAUGAUGCUGCAGGGAGGGGACGGAGGCGGAGACGGCGGAUGCAGCGGCAACCGCCACUAUUUCGCAGCGGCGGCGGCGGCGACGGGUGUUGCCUCGAGCACCUCGCCGCCAGCCGGAGCUUCAUGCUAUGUGGCGACCGUCGGCAUGAUGGGGGUUGGCGGCGACGCCUCGGUCCGUACAUCGAAGCGGGCGUCUCAGCGGCUGCUGUCCGCAUACCGGGCGCCUAGGUACAAGGCUCUGACUCCCGAGCAACAGCGGCUGUUCGAGGACUUUUAG